UCGGGAACUUCGGAAGUAAUCCAUUAUGUUCUGUAAGACAACAAAUGGACGAGAUGAAGAAAUACUACACCUUUUGGAACAGCCACAGUCUUAAUACACUCCUUGUCGCCAACAGUAGCUUACGCUUACAAUGAUAGGCUACUUGUAUAUUCAGGAGGCGCGAUUCCUACUACCGGCGGCGAUCGCCGUUAUCCUGCUGCUGGUGGCGUAUCUAGUGCGACUCAAUCAACUGCUGAGCAGCACGCCACCCGAAAUCAAACAGCUCAAGUCGACAACAUGGACCCGCGACCUGCUACUUUCAACAUACCGCAGGCUAGAAGCGAAGCCCAUCACAACUCGUAACUAUGCCGCACGCAUUCCUCCAAAGCUGGAGAGGCGCUACAUCGUCACGGGAGGUUCAGGUCUCGUAGGAGGGUACAUUGUCCUCCAGCUCCUCGAGCGGGGCCAGCCUCCUGAGAGCAUCCGCAUCGUGGACUUCCGGCCGCCGGACCGGGUCGAUAUGUCCCGCGGAUCCGCGACCGAGGUGGACUUUGUGCAGGCCGACAUCUCAUCGGCCGAGGCCACCGAAAAGGCGUUUUCAAAGCCCUGGGACGCGUCCGUCGCCCACCUGCCCCUGACCGUCUUCCACACUGCCGCCGUCAUUGUGCCCUCGGACCGGUCGAAGCUUGUCGUCGGUUUCCGAGUCUGCGAGGCCGUCAACGUCCGGGGCACGCAGCAUGUUGUCGACGCGGCACGCCGUGCUGGGGCAGACGUCUUGGUCUCAACGACGUCUGGCAGCAUCAGCAUCCGGCCAGUCGAGCUGUGGAUGCCGCCGUGGCGGCUGUGGUCACGGUCCUCAGGCUGGCCGCGCCACUACUGGCAGGUCCUGGACGAAAAGGACUUUUUUGAGCCGCCGCGCAGUCACGAGGAGUUCUACGCCAACUAUCCCGCGUCCAAGGCCGCCGCUGAGAGGAUCGUCUGCGCUGCCAACAGCAAGGUGCUGCGCACGGGAUGCAUCCGUCCCGCUAACGGCGUCUACGGAAACCCUACUGACAACACUGUUGGAGGGGCCUUGGCCAAGAGGGUCCUGCCUACAUGGACCUCCCACAUUGUCCAGAGCUUUGUCCACGGUAGCAACGUAGCCAUUGCCCAUCUUGACUUUGAAGCCGUUCUCACCUCACCAGACUCGGCCAAGUCCAGGCAAGCCGGGCGUCCAUUCGUGAUCACCGAUCCCAACCCGCCCAUUAGCUAUGCAGACCUCUAUCUCCUCGUCAAGACGCUCGCCACCACCCCGUUUCGCAUUUUGCCGCUCCACCCCAUCGUCAUGGUGCUGCUGUCGUAUCUCAUCGAGUGGUACACCCUCGCGCGGGUCAAAUACCCCCUUUUGCAAAGGAUUCUGCCGGAAUUGACGGGCGAGGUGAAGCACCUCAAACCAGGCAUCUUCAGCAUCUGCACCCACUUGGUCGCGUCGAACGAGGUAGCGAGCAAACCCGUUUCCGAGGGCGGGCUCGGCUACACGGGUGUACUCACGACGUUGGAAGGCAUGACGCAGGAGGUGGUCGAGUGGAACCACGAUCACCAGCAAGACGCUGCAGUGGGAAAGGUCAAGUCGUACCAGACGAGUGUCUCGCUGGCCGACGUGAUUGCCAAGGCAGUAACGGGACACCGGUCCUCAUUCCGGUGAUUAGUUGGGUAGUAUUACUAUUUACUAGUACCAAUCACUACUACUAAGUUCAAACAUAUCGACUUAC